CGUCCUCCGCCUCUGAGCCGCCGCCUCAGCCCGGCGGAGCAGCGGGAGUCCGCGGCGCCCGCUCGCCGCCGCGGGAUGGGGAGCUAGCGCCACGGCGGCCGCGGUGGCCGCAGCACAGCCGGCCGCCGCCCCCGGGCCUGUCCCGCCGGGUGCUCCGGGAGCCCCGAGCCCGGCCCCGAGCCAGGCCCGCGGGCGGCGGCGGCGGAGGAGCUGGGCAGGUGUAUGCGGCUGGAAGAUGGCGCCCUCGGGCCCCGGUGGCGUGAGGCGGCGGUGCCGGCGGGUGCUCUACUGGAUCCCUGUGGUGUUCAUCAGCUUGCUUCUGGGCUGGUCCUACUAUGCUUACGCGAUCCAGCUGUGCAUAGUGUCCAUGGAAAACAUUGGUGAACAAGUUGUGUGCCUCAUGGCUUAUCAUCUACUUUUCGCAAUGUUUGUCUGGUCAUACUGGAAAACCAUUUUUACAUUGCCCAUGAAUCCUUCAAAAGAAUUCCAUCUCUCUUAUGCAGAGAAAGAAUUGCUGGAGAGAGAGCCAAGAGGAGAAGCCCAUCAGGAAGUUCUGAGGCGAGCAGCCAAAGACCUUCCCAUCUACACCAGGACCAUGUCCGGCGCGAUCCGAUAUUGUGACAGAUGCCGACUUAUAAAGCCAGACCGCUGCCAUCACUGUUCCGUCUGUGAUAAAUGUAUUUUGAAGAUGGACCAUCAUUGCCCAUGGGUGAACAAUUGUGUUGGAUUUUCAAAUUAUAAAUUCUUCCUCCUUUUCUUGGCUUACUCUCUGCUGUACUGCCUUUUCAUUGCUGCUACAGAUUUACAGUAUUUUAUCAGAUUUUGGACAAAUGGUCUCCCUGAUACUCAAGCCAAGUUCCAUAUUAUGUUUUUAUUCUUUGCUGCAGCUAUGUUUUCUGUCAGCUUGUCCUCUCUUUUUGGUUAUCAUUGCUGGCUAGUCAGCAAAAAUAAAUCUACAUUAGAGGCAUUCAGAAAUCCAGUAUUUAGACAUGGAACAGAUAAGAACGGAUUCAGCUUGGGUUUCAGUAAAAACAUGCGACAAGUUUUUGGCGAUGAGAAGAAGUAUUGGCUGUUACCAAUAUUUUCAAGUCCUGAAAACCAUCAGUUUCCUGCAAAGCCGUUGAGAGAGUCACAGAGCCACCUCCUUACGGAUUCUCAGACCUGGACAGAGAACAGUUCAAACUCCGGGAGAUGCAAAGCCGGUAUGAGCAACCCUGCAUUAACUAUGGAGAACGAGACUUAACUCUACAAUCAAAAUAAAACCACUCUUGUAAAGUACCAAGGCUGUGGAAGACUGGAACAAGCUUCCAAUUGGAUGGCACCAUUGGCCAAUUGUCCCUUUGGCUAAAUAUGCGAAUUUUGUCUUCAGUGAUGGGGAUCAAACACAGCACUAUCAAGAAUUUCAAGUAAUCACCAAACUGAUGCUUAAAACAGAACACUGUUUAUUCCAAUAUAUAGACUUCUGUAACUAAUACAAAUUACUAUUAACCUUCAAAAGUAAUUAAAAAAAUAUUUUUUGCCAAAAACUGAGAAUAAGUUUAUGGGCCAGUUUUCAUUCAGAUAUUCGGGUUGUCUAAUUUGUCACAUAAUCUCAUUAUUUGGUAUUCUGUUUUAGAAAAUUUAGGUUAAUCUUAAGAUUUAAAAUUUUUCAAGUCACUUUAUCAUGCUAAGCUGUAUUUGGGAGCAGGUAAGAAAUCAUCCUUCCUUAAUUUUUUUAUGAUAUGAAACUACCUUCAUAUGAGAGAGCUGCAUUAACUAUGAAUUCAUUAUGGAGGCCACCUACAGCUAAAGGUUAUCUGUCCUUGGUGGAAGGCUUUAAUUCUAGUUCUAGACUUUGUCUCCCAUUAGAAAAUUCGAACACUGAAGCUUGAGCUCUCUGUUCAAAACAAUUGGAUAAAAACUUUUGUCAGAAUUAAUAUAAUAUUUUGACAAAGAACUUAUAUGAAGAAAUUUAUUUUCAUGUGUUCUCAUUUGAAAUCAGAGGGAAUAUAUGCUAAUUCUUAUCAAGAUUGCCUGGUAAUACUCUUUUGUUGGUUUGGAUGUUAUCAAAUCUGUUUUUUCACUACUUGCUAGGUGUUAUUGUGAAAUGACUGAGUUUCUAAGCAUUUCUGAUAGAUUCAAUCGAUUUUUCCUCCAUGCACACCUGUAUCAUCUCUGUGUCUUUUCAUCAAAACUAUAGUUGUUGAUAUAUAUUCUUCCUCAAAUGCCUAUCAAGAUUAAAUUAUGCAAAUCAUUUAAAAAUGUGGAAGUUUGGUUUACCGUGAACUAAACGACAUGCUGUUUAGAAAUGUAGUUUAAGGUAAACUAAAAUAAUGUGUUUGUUGAUGCCAAAACAUUUGGCCUCAGUAAAUACACUCAGAAGCUCUUGUGCCUUGAAUGCACUAUUUACAAAAAGGAAAACAUCUCAUUAAAAAAAAAAGUCUGGGAAGUAAGUUUUGUAAAUUAACCAUUAGAGUAGUGAGCUGUGCUAUUCCUUUGGUACUAAUUUUGAGAAUUUCAAGUAGAUUAGCUUUUUUUUUUUUCUUAAAAAGGCUAGAUAAUUGACAUACACAAGAAUUCACUACAAACUGAAAGACCUGGAGAGAAUAGAAUAAUGGAAGAUCAUUGCAAUUACUCAGCCUUGCUAGAGCCUUUGGGAAUUUUAGGAGUGUUUAGGAAGAGAUGAUGUCAGUUCCUCGUGUUCCACUUGGGCGCAAUGCUGGGCAUGAGGGUGAGGGUUGCUUUCACAUGAUUUCAAGCUAAAGCCUUUGAUCUGACAAUCUACUUCGAAAGACUCAGAGGAUGAAGUGUGCUUUCCCUUUCGUCUUUAAGCAUGUUUGGGUCAUUUGUCAUUACCGGAAGUGCCAGACUGGAGCUCAUAGCUCCCGCUAGAAGCCUUUUGGGCAGCAGCAUGUGGUGUAUUCGAAGAUCUAUGCAGCAGAUUUUCUGAUAGCACAGUGCUCCCUUAUCCAUCUUCCAGGACAAGAGUCUGUGAGCAUGUCCUUUUAUCAAAGUGGUAGCUGGUGGGGAAGGGGAGGGUUUACAUUCUACCCUGCUAAAAUACUGUUAUUUCUGCUCUCUUUACGUCGUUUAUGUACUUAUUUUAAACACCUAAGUCCAUAGUCCUAGGAGUCAAAAUGGAAAAACAUUUAAAAAAUAAAUUUUUUUCAGUAUGUUGUAAUGGUUA